AGGAAGACAGUCAACAUGCUCAUGUCCUUCUGCGGAGCGCUGCACGUCUGCUUCGUCACGCCGUCCUUCCCCAUCGAGACGGCCAACCAGUUCGUCAUCCAGCUGAGGCCCGAGCUGCAGGACGCUCUGGUGGGUGUAAUCGACCACUACGGCUGGACCAAGUUUGUCUACAUGUACAGCUCGGAUUCAGGCCUGUCGGUGCUGCAGAAGGUUCUGGACACAGCAGCGGAGAGGAACUGGCUGGUGACCUCGGUGAACGUGGAGACCAUGACGGAGGCGUCCUUCUUGAAAGUGUUUCAGGAUCUGGACAAGAGGAAGGAGGGCCAGAUCAUCAUCGACUGUGAGACGGAGAGGCUCACUGGCAUCCUCAGGAAGAUUGUCGAGCAGGGCAAGAAUGCCAAGAGCUAUCACUACAUCCUGGCUAACCUGGGCUUCCUGGACAUCGACCUGACAGAUCUGAGGAAAGGUGGAGCGAACAUCACCGGCUUCCAGCUCGUCAACAACUCUGAGCCCGGCGUCAGCCGCGUUGUCCAGCAGUGGCUGGACUUUGACAAUAAAGACUCCAAAGUGCUCAAGAGUGGACUCAAGUACACUGGUGCUCUAACAUACGACGGGGUGAAAGUCAUGUCCACGGCCUUCCAGAACUUAAGGAAACAGAGGAUAGACAUUUCUCGCAGGGGCAACGCUGGCGAGUGUCUCGCCAACCCACCAGCCCCCUGGGGACAGGGCAUAGACAUCCAGAGAGCCUUGCAGCAGGUGCGUAUAGACGGAUUGACGGGUCACAUUCAGUUCAAUGAGAAAGGACGAAGAACAAACUUCACUGUCAGCGUCAUGGAACUGGCCCCAUCCGGCCCCAAGAAGGUCGGCUACUGGAACGAAGAUGAGAAGUACGUGACCACGGCGAGCUUCAUGCGAGGCAGCAACGAGACGUACGGCCUGCAGAACAGAACCUACAUCGUCACCACUAUCUUGGAGUCACCGUAUGUGAUGCUGAAGAAGAACCACGAGCAGCUUGCGGGAAACGAUAAGUACGAGGGCUACAUCGUGGAGCUGGCUGCAGAGAUAGCCAAACAUGUGGGCUACCAGUACAAACUCAAGGUUGUCUCAGAUGGCAAGUAUGGAGCCAGAGACCCAGAUACCAAGAUGUGGAACGGCAUGGUGGGAGAACUGGUGUAUGGGAAAGCUGAUGUGGCUGUGGCUCCUCUGACCAUCACCCUGGUCCGUGAAGAAGUCAUCGACUUCUCCAAGCCCUUCAUGUCCCUCGGAAUCUCCAUCAUGAUUAAGAAACCCACCAAAUCCAAACCCGGUGUGUUUUCCUUCCUCGACCCGCUGGCUUACGAGAUCUGGAUGUGCAUAGUGUUUGCCUACAUCGGCGUCAGCGUGGUCCUCUUCCUCGUCAGCCGGUUCAGCCCGUACGAGUGGCACGCCGAGGACUAUGAGGAAGGAGAGCCACAGUCGCCCACGCAAGCUUCCGCCUCCAACGGGGGGCAGCAGGGCCAGGCACAGACGCAGCAGAACAUAAACCAACAGAAUCUUGACCAGACCAAUGAGUUUGGCAUCUUCAACUCCCUUUGGUUUUCACUGGGCGCCUUCAUGCAGCAGGGAUGUGAUAUCUCCCCACGCUCUCUGUCGGGACGCAUCGUCGGAGGCGUGUGGUGGUUCUUCACCCUUAUCAUCAUCUCGUCCUAUACUGCCAACUUGGCCGCCUUCCUGACAGUGGAGAGGAUGGUGUCUCCUAUAGAGAGUGCCGAGGAUUUGGCCAAGCAGACGGAGAUCGCCUAUGGAACGCUGGAUGCCGGCUCCACCAAGGAAUUCUUCAGGAGGUCUAAGAUCGCCGUGUUUGAGAAGAUGUGGUCCUACAUGAAGGCGGCUGACCCGUCCGUGUUCGUCAAGACCACGGACGAGGGCGUGAUGAGGGUCAGGAAGUCCAAGGGCAAGUACGCCUACCUGCUGGAGUCCACCAUGAACGAGUACAUAGAGCAGAGGAAACCCUGCGACACCAUGAAGGUGGGGGGGAACCUGGACUCUAAAGGUUACGGCAUCGCCACGCCCAAGGGCUCUCCUCUCAGAAACCCAGUAAACUUGGCAGUGUUAAAACUGAACGAGCAGGGCCUCUUGGACAAAUUGAAAAACAAGUGGUGGUACGACAAGGGCGAGUGCGGCAGCGGGGGCGGGGACUCCAAGGACAAGACGAGCGCUCUGAGCCUCAGCAACGUGGCGGGAGUCUUCUACAUCCUGAUCGGCGGCCUGGGCCUGGCCAUGCUGGUGGCGCUGGUGGAGUUCUGCUACAAGUCCAGGACCGAGUCGCGCCGAAUGAAGCAAUCCAUCAACGACGCCAUGCGCUGCUCCACCCUGACCAGGAUGAGUGGCAACGGGAGCGGGGGCGAGAACGGGCGAAUCCUCACCCACGACUUCCCCAAAACCGUUCAGACUCUGCCCUGCAUGAGCCACACCGCCAGCAUGGGUCUGGGUGCCUCCGGCAUGUGA